AUGCCUUCUCUAGCUACCCUGUGCUCCGUUUGGGGGUCUUACGGCUCAGCUGUCACAGCUGUCCGCGCCCUGACUCAAACUCAAAAAACCAAGGUUGCCGCCGGGAUUUCUGGGCUUUCUCGUGCGGCUCGAGCCGCAUUGUGCGGUCAGGCAGCCUGCCCCUGGCCUGGCCCGCCGCGCGGGGGCGCGUGGCGAUCGGGCCGCUCGGCAUCUUCGGCGACUUCGGCGAGUCCGAGGCCUCCUGCUCGGCACCUCCUGCUCGGCGCUGGCCCGAUGGGAGCAGAGGCGAGCGGCGGCGGCGGAGACGCCUGCUGCACCUGGUGCGACGGCCACCACGAAUGCCCGUACGGCCACAAGGUUUAUGGGUUGCAGGUCACGCUGCCGCAUGAGCACAACCUGAUCGACCUCAUCGCCCUCCUGUUCUCGGCGGUCCCGUACUAUCUCGCGGCGCACGUCCUGGCGUACUCCCUCAUGAGGCGGCGUGUCCGCGAGACCAGCUGGCUCUUUUUCCUCGCCUUCGUGGCCGUCGUUUCGGGUACUGUCCGGGAGUUCGUGGACUCCCCGCGGCCGCAGUCCUGCGUGCCCUCCUGCGGCUGGCCGUCCAACCACUCCGCGAUCACGGUCCGGGCCGAGCCCCG